GGACAUAGGAGCACUAAUACAAUGCAAUUCAUUUUAUGAAGCAAGAACUUUGACCAUGUGACGCCUCCAGAUCUUGUUAAGCUGCAUUCCAAUCAGAAGAAAAAGCUUUCACACACACAAUACAUGUGUUACAGAUUACAAGUGAGCUGACUGUGAAUAUUCUGCUUUCCACUAUGGGCUACCUAAUGAAAGGAUGGUGCUUUGUUGCCCUUGUGGCUUUAGUUGGAUAUCUAUACAGAGACACUUUUGACCCUGAAAGUCUUGCCAAUGCUAGGGUCCUAGUUACUGGUGCAAGCACUGGCAUUGGCGAGGAAAUGGCAUACCACUACGCCAGGGCAGGUGCACACCUCUUACUAACGGCAAGAAGGGAAGAUGCUCUGCUCAAGGUGAAAACCAAGUGCCUGGAGCUUGGAGCAAAGAGUGUGUCACUGGCCCUCGCUGACAUGGCCUCAUCAGAAGCUCGUGAAAAAGUGAUGGAACAAGCUAUAACUGCCCUGGGUGGUUUGGAUUAUUUGGUGUUAAACCACAUUGGUAUAAGCCCAUUUCAAAUGUGGGAUGGAAAUAUCCAGGAGAUCAGGUGGCUAAUGGAGGUGAACUUCCUUAGUUAUGUCCAUCUUGCCAGCAUGGCUCUCCCUCACUUGACAGAAUCAAACGGCUCCAUUGUUGUUCUAUCUUCUCUAACAGGUAAAGUUGCAACACCAUUUACCACUUCAUAUGGUGCAACAAAGUUUGCAUUGGAUGGUUUCUUUUCCUCUCUGCGACAUGAACUAGCCAUGAAAAAUAUACCUGUCUCCAUCACGUUGUGCAUCCUUGGCCUUAUUGAUACCCAGUCAGCCAUGGAGAAAGUCAAAGAUAAGACCUCCUUGCCUGCUUACCCUGCCCAAGAUGCUGCCUUAGCAGUGGUGUCCGCUGGGGCCAGCCGUGUGUGGGAAAUGUAUUAUCCUUGGUAUGUAAGACCUGUCUGCUUUAUCAGAGACUGGUUUCCACAGGGCAGAGACUGGAUGAUACAGAAGUCAUACCAACAAACAUCUGAUGAGAAGCAGAGUGUACCGCAAUGAGUUUAUAUAAAAGAACCUAAAAACAUAUUGUUAUUAUAUGCAAGUCUUGCAUUAUGUCUGUGGUGCGCUAUUGUAAAAUUUGUUUUUAAGAUCCCAAA